CGGUCAGAAUACGUCACAUCCGCAGUUAACUGGGCUGUUGUUUACCUUUUAGCUAAUGGAUAAAGACACCCUCCAAAUUCUUCAAAAUGCCCACACAGAAUUUAACACGCGCAAUUUUAAUUUGGCGGAGGGUCUGUACUCAAAGUUCAUUUCGUCUUGUUUCCGGUCCAGCAAUUGUGAAGCUGGGAAGUUGGCCGCCGCUUAUAACAACCGUGGGCAGAUAAAGUACUUCCGGGUGGAUUUUUAUGAAGCAAUAGAGGAUUACACUUCUGCAAUACAAGCUGACAGUCAGUUUGAGGUUCCCUUUUACAACAGAGGUCUCAUACAUUAUAGAUUAGGGUUUUUUGAUGAUGCAAAGAGUGAUUUCCAGACAGCACUGAAUCUCAAUCCACAUUUUGAAGAUGCCAAAGUGAGCCUGCAGCAGACACUUCUCGACCAGCAGCAGAAGAUUAACAGGGGAUACUGAUAUAAAAAAUUAUAUAUUUUUUUAAUGUAAUCAUGUUUUUGAAAAACCACAUCCCUUUCCCAGAUUCUGUAUAUUUCAAAUGAAUGUAUGAAUCAAUAAUAAAUCACAAAGAUUCAUGUUAUUUCGUUGUGUUUUGAAAUGUGUUUUGAAUACCAACAAAUGACAAUCUAGCAAUCGUAAUUGUUCACAAAUUUUUGUUACUUACCAACAUUGUGCGAUAUCUAUCUAAACACAAAACUGUCACUUUCUUCAGGACUUGUAACUGUUCUGUUAUAAUGUUUUGGUCCCAUUUUUAUAAAUUGACAUCAGUUUAAUGCAGAAAUUUUUUUUUUAUGAAAUAUUUGAUGCUCUCAUUUGAUUUAUGUAAACCUUAUUAAAUAGGUAAAUAUUAAAAUAAUUUGAUAUGCUAUAGGUUUUUUGGGUUUUGUACAUUUUUUCAAUUAAGAUGCUGAAAAAGGCAGUAUGUCAUCUUAAAGUUUGAAGAAGUUGCUCCAAGUUAUAAGCCAAACAUUAUAUUUUUUUAGUCAAUGUGGCAGUUAAAGAAUUUUCUUUUAUUGUUUUAGUCUUUUUCCAGCAAAUAAGAUAGUGUGUCAACUGAUGGCUGAGAAAUAUGAGGGAAAACACUAAUGUAAAAAAAAUGUUGUCCGCUGACGGUUCAUAAUGAGUUAUUAAUGAUUGUACCUUCAUUCAAUUAAAACAAACAUAUACACUAAUCUUUCUUAGAUUAACUCAAGUUUCCAUUAGCUUUUACAAGAGCUUUUUAUGAAAACUUACAUUGCAGAAUCCUUAAGAUUUUUUUUAACAGACAAUGCCUUUAACUUGUACCAUUCCUCGUGAUAGCCGUAUGAUCUCCAUUCAUUUGCAUUUAUAGUAAAAUAAUAAAACAUAAUUUAUUUGCAUACCACUGAAA